UUUAAGCGUGUGAUUGGAAAGCAAUAAGAAAAUCUGAAACGUUUUUUUGUUUUUAUUUUUAUUAAAAAAACGUUUUUAAUUGCUGUUGUUAUACGUUUGAUAAGUUUACUAUGUCGGAUUUAAACAAUGUGACUGGAUCAAAUAUUCUUAAAUUUUCACAAGACGAAGCGGAAAAUAUAAUCAAAAAGUGUAUACAAAAUAUCGUUGGAACUAAUUCAUAUACAAAUGAAUCAGCUAAAGAAUGGGCUAGAACUAUUGUAGAUAAUUGUAGAAGUGAUUUAGUGAAAUUGGGCAAGCCAUUUAAAUAUAUUGUCAAUUGUACUAUAACUCAAAAACCAGGAUCUGGAGUUUACAGUGCUUCGUCAUGUUAUUGGGAUACAGGAAAAGAUGGCAAUUGUAAGGUGAAAUGGGAAAACAAUCACGUUUAUUGUAUUGUCGUAGCGUUUGCAAUUUCUCUGUAAUCAGGUAUAAUAAACAAGAUGAUACAGAUGAGAACAUUUUAAUUAUUUUAAGUUAUACAUCUGCAUAUGUAUAUGCAUGACAUAUAAAGUGAUUCUAUUAAUUGAACCUUAUUUUUUCACUGUCUUUAGAACUUCUUGUUAUAUUUGGCAACGAUUUUAAUAAAUUUAUUUUUUACU